GAGUGGUAAAUAAGUGUACGUCAGGUGUAGUGAAGUGAACACAGGAAUAGCAAUAGGAAUACAGUCUAUGUUUGAGUGCUAUGUUUGCCAUCGCUGUUGACCACAAGAUUGUCUCAUCACAGGUCUGUCCACCAACUCCUCACCCAUUCAUCCAUUCAUCCAUUCAUCCAUUCAUUGCCAUAUGAUAUGAUGCCAUCGUAUGCUAUGAAUUGAUAUCUGGUUGGCGGCCAUCGCUGUCCAUAUUGUGUGCAUAGUUGAGGCAAACUGUGAUCGUUGUGGUGGUCGUGGUGUCUGUCCGUCGAUAUGUUGAAUGUCUCGCAAAUGCAUGCAAUGACCACAAGUGAGGACAUGAAGUACCCGAACAUAACGAUCCUCACCCGUCCUCUCAAGCAGUCGCCUCCAUCCACGCCAUCCACUCCCACACCACUUACCACUACAUCCAUCACAUCACAGGACUCGCAGACGCAGAGCUCAGCUGUGGUGUCGUCGCCUCUGACCACUGGACCCACACAUUCAUCGACCGCAUCGGAUGCCAUCACAUCAGUGGUGACCAGAUGUGGCUCAUUGACGGCGCCGACACCACAACAACACUGCAAUGGAUCACAAUCUGUGAGGUCAACGGUUUUGGCAAACAAUGACAACACAAGCAGUUGUGUGGACACAACCACUGCCUCGACUGCACCGAUGGCUCCGAUGGCGGGCACUGUUGGCACCGACUGUGCGCCCGAAGAGAAGUCGCCGAUGUGUCUGAUUAAUGAGAUCUGCAGACAUAACGGCAUUAAACAGGAAUACCUUUUGGUGGACGAGUCGGGUCCACCCCAUGACAAGACAUUCACGGUUGCCCUCAAAUUAGGAGACACUGAGGAAUACCGAGGAAGCGGUGCGUCGAUAAAGAAGGCGCAGAGAAGUGCCGCCACUUUGGGUCUGCAGAGGACUCAACUGAAACAACCGACGCCUCGCCAACACAGGACUGAUAGCAAGAAUGUAUGGCCCCUCACACCUACUGUUGAGCUCAAUGUGUUGGCCAUGAAAUUGGGUCAAAACGCUGUGUAUCACGUGUACGACCCGCCCCGACCACAAGCGCCCACCUACUCGUUCGGGAGCAUCGGUGCGGCACCCAUGACAGCGACCAAUGCGUAUGACUUCCGGGGAAUGCAUUACCAGCGCUAUCGUGUGCCACGAGGCCUAUACUCUGCCACUCUGACUAUAGGUGCCAAACAGUUUACAGGCAAAGGACGUACAGCACAAGCGGCCAGACAUGCGGCUGCAGAGGAGGCGCUCAAAGAGUUGCGCCAAACGCCGCUUCCUUCAAACGAGUUGACAGUUAGCUCUUUGGGCACUACCAGUGCAACGGGUGGUACGGGUGCUGACAACUCGGGCGCCAAAUGUAGCAAUAAGUCUCCCAUUAGUGUGGUUCACGAAAUGGCAUUACAUCGCAAUCUGUGCGUUCGCUUCGAUGUGGUGGCAGAGAGCGGGCCCUCACAUAUGCCUCUCUUUGUCACCCAAUGCACGGUCGGACACCUCGUGACCAAAGGUGACGGCAAUUGUAAGCGAAUGUCGAAGAAUUGUUCGGCCCUUAGAAUGAUCGAAGAACUCCGCAAAAUAGCACCCAUUCCUGUGCCCGACGCCACCCAUACACCCAAUACACACACCCCUGACAAAGGGCUCACCGAUGGGGACACCGGCAGCACCAAUAAUGGUCGCUCGGGAACCUCUACUCGCAAAAAGUAUUUGAGUGGCAAAAAACAUAAGAGACAUAACAAUAACAAUAAUAAGAGUAUCAUUAAAGACAACGCCAAUGAACACCAUAUGAGUGACAAGACUAUACAAAACGAAUUAAUAGCUGUUAAUAGCAAAUGCGAGUCCAAUGGCACUCAUAUGACUCCAAACAAUAAUUGCCAACAAUUAACGCAACAUUUGAACCAUGAGAGUGCUGUGGGAGUGGAUAAUCAUGGUGGUGGUCAUGAUGGUGGUGGUGACAGUGGUAUAGCUGUAUGUGUUAGUGGUGAUGGUCAUGACGCUCCCAUUCAUCCAAUCAAUCGACUAAUUCAGUUACAACAGGCGCGCAAAGAAAAAGACCCGCAAUUUGUGCUCAUAUCGGAGCGCUGUCUGGACCACCGGCGCCGUGAGUUCACCAUUGAAUGCAAGCUUGAAGUAUGUAAGGGUGGGGUAGGAGGGCAACUGGUGUCGGCUGUAGGUGUGGGUCCCAACAAGAAGUUAGCCAAGAAGAAUGCCGCCGAAGCUAUGCUCCAAGUGUUGGGCUACUCGUCCAGACCAGUGAUGGACAUGACUGGCAUGAGUGGGCCAACCAGUCCUCAGUCUAUACUGAAACAGGACUCGAGUGAAGCACUGCAUCACAAGAAGAUACGACAAGUGAAGUUCGUUGAGAACGACAUGACCUGUGGGGCGCAUGUAGUUCAUAGUCAGCCCAAGUUAGGCCGUCAACUCGUACCCGGACUCAUACUAAUGCCCACCAACGGUGAUGUGACCCUCAAUCGAGGUUUCAAUACAGGGCUGAGCCAUAGCUCUGAACCCAAUUCGUUGAAACAAUCUUCAGAGAUGAGUACGAAAUGCAAUGCAAACAAUGGCUCUAAUGUGGAGACUGUUUGCGCGAAACUGCAAUCGAUUAGCAUUUAUGCCAAAGAGUUGUUGGCAUCGAAACUAUCAUCGGAUGGCUUGGAUGUGGAGAGCGGUGAUGCUGUGGAUGUGGAUCGUGUGGAUCAGUUGAAGAGUUUGUCCGAAGCUAUAGGUGCCAAUCAAUUUCAGGUGCAUUUCAGUGAUUUCCCUAAAAAGCAUUCAAACAGUCAAUCGACUGAAUACCUGUCAGUCAUUACAAUGACUACUGUUUGGAAUGAGAGACCGAUUGUGAGCCACGGAAGCGGUCCCACACAGGAUGUGGCCCGCAAUCAGGCCAGUCAUCAGGCGCUCAUCCAAUUGUCUCAAUUAGAUUCAACACAAUUGACGUGAAAUGGCAAAUGGCAUCACAUCCACACCAGUUACACAUCAAAUCACUUUUUAAUCAUUUUUGUUCACUAAUUAUGGAUUUUAUUAACUUGCUUUAUUUUUCUAUCACUUGCAAUGAAGUUUAAGUUUGAAUUGCAUUUUCAGUUCAUUUGUUGUCAAAUCAAUUGAUGUGUAAAACUGGACACAACUUAUUGUCAAUUCAAUCACCAGUUGUCUCCCAAAAUACACGUGAUUUUGUCGAUGUAUGAAUUUAAUCUAAAUUGCGAUUAGUUUGAUUAUUAGGUUU